AUGCUUGCGACACAAUUUUAUCCAAUUGGUGCUCGACAAGUAUUUCCAUGUUUGGAUGAUCCAGUAUUCAAAGCAACUUUUAACAUUUCUAUAAAGCAUUUUAGUUAUUAUAUGGCACUGUCGAAUAUGCCAGCACGAAAUAUAAUUAAAGUUAGUCAAACAAUGACAUGGACAUACUUUCGUGAAACUCCUGUAAUGUCCACUUAUCUUGUGGCGAUUAUGCUGGCCGAAUUUCCUAACACUUCUUUCAAAGAAAUAAACUUUAGAUAUCAUACACUACAAGCGAAACUCGAUACAGAAUUCGCACAAAGUGUUAUUAAGAAUAUAACUUUAUAUUUCGAAUCAAAAUGGCUUUGUUUCCAAAAGCUUCCGAAAGCGGAUCAUGUUGCAAUACCAAAUUUCCUACGCGAUGGCGUGGAGUAUUGGGGACUUAUUUUUUAUAGGGAAGCAGCUAUUACCUAUAAUAAAAAAUUAGAGUCUGUUGGACGUAAAGUAGACGUGGCGCGUUUAAUAGCACAGAAAAUAACACAUCAAUGGUAUACUAAUCUUAUUAGCCCUACUUGGUGGACUCACUUAUGGUUGUUUGAAGGUCUCACUACAUUACUCGCAACAGAUGCUAUUAAUGAGGUAUAUCCAGAAUUCCGUAUAUGGGAUUUAUUUGUAGUUCAAAUUCAUCAAGAAUCUCUUCGUUUAAAUUCCAUUAUAGAGCCUCUUGCAUCAAAAGUCAACAAUUCUUCUGAAAUCAAUUCGCUUUUCUCUUUUGCAUAUUAUGUGAAAGGUAGGACUUUGAAAAUUUAA